UGUUUAUUGACCUUGAGAACAGCGGAUGAUGCAUCAUAUGAUGGAAAGUAGCUGAAAAAGCUGUUUGGAUAGGUAAUAAAACCACUAGACAGAAAGUAACGUGUGAGUUGAAGAUUGUGCUAAGUUGGCAUUAGUCUGUUGCUUUUCUUGUUCCAUUUCUGGGUUAUUUACCUUCCAGAGCAAUGAGAUGUCCAAUGUGCGAUAGAGAAGUCUACUUUGUUGAACGAGUCAGUUCACUUGGUUUAGAUUGGCAUCGACAAUGUUUGAAGUGUGGCAGGUGCAACAAAACACUAACUCCAGGUUCUCACUUUUCACGCGAUGGCAGAAUUUAUUGCAAUGAACCUUGUUACAAGCUGUUAUAUGGACCAAGAGGUUAUGCAGCGGUUCCCAACGUUCCUGACUUCUGAUAAAUCAUAAAUCUGCUGUCCACCCGAUCAAUUGUCGUUCUCAUGAUAAAGACUCUGAAACUACUGUGAACACUACCUGCAAGAUGCCUGUAGUAGACUUCUUAAGUAUUAUUCUUUUUCUCGGUUUUAUGGUUUUCGUAUUUUCAUAAUAAAACCAAUUGUCAG